GCCAGGUGUUGGGGCUGCACUGCAUUAAACCACAAAAACUAUACAUUUAUUAAUUCAAAUAAUACAGAAGCAAUCCCAAACGUGCAUGUACUUCAACAAAGAUCAACCAGACAUCGUUCAGGGAAAGUUUAAACGAUGUAAAUAACGAUCAUAAUUAAAGACAACUUUCUCUGACAACUUGUCCUGACAUGGCAUGUGAGCAACGUCUGAGGACCGGCCAAGGUACUCAAUUACUGCCUAAUUUGGUUGCCACAGAGCAGCAAUCUUUGAUUGUUGUGAAGAAACUGCUUGCCAUUGCAGUCUCUAGCAUCACCUACCUCAGAGGUCUUUUCCCAGAGAAGGCUUAUGGAAGCAAAUAUGUUGAAGAGCAAAAAGUGAUGAUCCUUAGGGAGGAGCGCAGCUGCCCUGGUGCCAGUCAGAUUGUACAGUGGAUGCAAGGAUGCUUUGAUGCCCUUCAGCGGAAAUACCUGCGAAUGGUGGUCCUGUCUAUAUAUACAGAUCAAGAUAAUCCAAAGAAGGUAACAGAAUGCUACCAGUUCAGGAUACAGUACACUGACAAGGGACCUCAGAUGGACUUUGAAAGCAAAAACAGUAAUAAAGUGUCCAUGAUGGCUUGCGGCAACACCAAAAAGGCCAGCAUCCUGCUGGUGCGUAAGCUCUAUACGCUUAUGCAAAACCUGGGUCCCCUGCCUGACAGUGUCUGUCUCAAUAUGAAACUAUCCUACUAUGACAACGUUACCCCCGAAGACUACCAGCCUCCUGGCUUCAAGGAAGGAGACAGCGACAGUAUAGAGUUUGAAAAAGAACCUGUCAGGUUGACCAUGGGUGAGGUGGCCACUCCCUUCCACACACUGAAGAUGGACGUGACCACGGAGAGAGGAAGGCUCGAACAGGUGGAUGAGGAUAAACCUGUCUGUGUCAGAGACAAGUGGAUGCUGAAGAUGGAGGAGGAGGUGACUGUGAGACAGAUCAGCAAGCAUGAGGACGUGGAUGAUCCAAACAACAAUCUUAACUUUGACAACUCGGAUAUCCUGGUGAGCUGCCAAAAGAAUAUGCAAGUAUGCGAGACAACCACGGAACGCUCUCAGGUGGACAUGGUGGUAAAGAACACCUCUGACCAGGAGAUGACCCUGAGCAGGACGAGGAGUGGACGAGUCAUCCAGUCGACUACCGAGAGGAAGGGGAAAACAGAGGUGCACAGCAUCAGCAAGAUGAAGUCAUCCCAUGUCCAAGAAAAAAUGAUGUCCCAGUUUGAGUUCCCCUGCAGCCAAGAGGUCCCAUCUGUGGCACCGAAGAAACGCAAGUUUAGUGAACCUAAAGAACGUUACUAACAUCAUGCUUCUCCAGUCCAACAAUGCAGCCACAAGGAAGACAUAACUCAGUUAGAUUCCUCAGUUGGAAAUAUUUUUUGGAAAAUACUAGUUUUAAAGCAAAGUAUAAUGUAACUUAAGUCCCUUAUUCAGUUGCUCUUAGUGAGAUUCCAAAAUACUGUCCACCUAAUUUUGUUAAUACUGUUCGUUCAAUGGUUGCGUUCUAAAAUGAGAUGGAGUGUGGAUAACAAUGCUAUUCAAGUUGUUUUCUGUUGAUUUUCUGAAUGUAAUAGGUUUACAUAUUUUGUUACUUAAUAUUUAUGUACCAAACUGUAUCUUUAUAAUUAUAUAUAGUCUGAAUGUUCUGUAGCAUUACCUUAUGUUGGUAUUACAAUAAUUGUAUGUAUUUAUGUUGAUUCAAAAUAAAAGUUCUUUAGUUUUGAACCAAAUUCUUAGUUCAAGCGCAGCAGCUUCUAAACAUUUCAGCAACAAACCUGGUCGCACCUGCUUUCAUCUUGUGGUUGGAAAAAAGCUUGCUCUUGCUACUGUUGGCA